AUGGUGUUGGAAUCGAAAGAUCCUAAUUUGCAAGCGACGCCAAGGCUCAAACGCGGGCCAAAGCCAAAGCCGCCUUCAGAGCGCAAAUCAAAGCCAUUUUCCCCGCUUAAGAGGAAAGAGGAAACACACUCUCACGAGAAGAAGGUGCGGGUGCUACUUUUUCUCAUCAAUCAUCGCAUUUACGACCCAAAUGCAAAUAGCCGGGGCUCUCAGCGUGGCCAACUUAUUGAUGGCUAUCGCCAACCAUAUCUUUCUGAGGCGGCAAAGUGGUUCUUAGUAAAGAAACAGACUAUCCACGAGUGGUGGAAGCAGAGGGAUAAGAUCCUUGGUAUUACUCCCAAAGAGACCACUUGGAGGCCAAAGUGGCCGGAGCUUGAAGAUGAGUUAUUCAGACGCUUUAUUCAACGCCGAUCAGAGAAGAAAAUCGUUACGGUCUCUUGGUUCCGGACCACAGCUAAGCACCUUUUUGGAGAACUCUAUCCAGAACACGAGCAGCUUUUCGGAUUCUCGAAUGGAUGGUUCCUAAACUUCAAGAAAAGACACCGCAUCGUUAAACGCCGGAUCGCCAACCAAGCCCAGAAGACCCCUGAGGAAUAUCGUGCUAUUUUCAAUAGCUUCUUACGUUUCCUACGCCGAAACACCCAAAGAAGAACGCCUCCAUCGCCGGAAGUGCCCCCCAAGUUCCCACCUCGGCCGUAUGAGAAGAUCCCUGAUAUUCUUGACUCCCCGCAACGCCGCUUUCAUAAUAACUGCAUCCUCAACGUCGAUGAGACUCCAGUACCGUUCGAGUAUCUUGAUGGUUCAACAUAUGCGUUAUCGGGCGAGAAGACAGUGUCAGGGAAGACCGACAGGAGCGGCUGGAGCAAGAGAAAAGGCACGCUUAUUCUCCCAAUCUUCGCUGAUAGAUUUGGCCGGCUAAAACCAAAGCUGAUCUUCGAGGGAGCUGAGCCACCAAAGGGGAAGAUCCUACAGAGAGAGGGGCAUCUUUAUCAUCCAGGAGUCACAGUUGAGCUCAACCCAACAGCCUACAAUAAUGAGAAGCUGUUCCUAAAGUGGUUGAAUGAGGAGGUUAUCCCCUGCAAAAGGCCAUACAGGGAAUUCAUGCUUGUUAUGGAUGUGGCUAGCUUUCAUAAGACUGACAACGUCACAAUGCUCUUAGGCCAGUCAAAGAUUCUCCCGGCUAUGAUCCCUCCCGGCUGUACAAGUCUUCUUCAGCCUCUCGACGUAUCAAUCAACAAGCCAUUUAAGCAGUGGUUACAGCAAUUUGCAGAUGAAUGGAUAGCUGAGAGAGACAACGACCCGGUCCGCAGUUCUAAACCGUGGACUGCCACUGAGAAACGAGCCAUGACAACACACAUCGUGGCCAAGGCGUGGGAACAGCUCCAGGAACGGCCUGAGAUGGUUGAGAAGGAGUUUUAUAGUUGCGGAAUCGGCCUACGGCCCGAUGGAAGCGAGGAGAAUUUGAUCAGCAUUAAAGACAUUAGGAAGGAAGAGAUUGACUUCACCAACUAG